GUGCACACACGCCACUAUCGUCGACGCGCCGCCGCCGAUCAGUGUGUGUCUCGAGGGCUAUGCCGUGACAUGAACGCCGGCGAAUCUUACAAGGUGCUCGUGCUGGGCGACUCGAACGUCGGCAAAACGUGUCUGAUGCACAGGUUCUGCGACGAGACGUAUUACGACACGUACAUAUCGACCAUAGGAGUCGACUACAAGCAAAAGAUAAUUCAGUUGGACGAAAAACCAGUAAAGUUACAAAUAUGGGACACUGCUGGGCAGGAACGAUUCCGGACACUGACUACGGCGUACUAUCGGGGCGCAAUGGGCAUAUUACUCGUUUAUGACGUGACGAAUCUUGAUUCAUUCGACCAUUUGACGUAUUGGUUGAAGAAUAUCCAGGAGAACGCGUCGCCGGACGUCAUCAAAGUUUUGGCCGGUAACAAAUGUGACAACGAGACAGUGAGAGCCGUGGAUAAAGCAGACGGAGAAAAAAUAGCAGAAUGCUACGAUAUGCCGUUUUUCGAAGUCUCGUGUAAGAUGGACGUCAACGUGGAAGAGGCGUUUCAGGCAUUGGCCAAAAUGAUCAAAGAACGUUCCCAAUACUCUGGAGCGUUUGGGUUGAGAGACGAAACGCCAAGAGAGAAAUGUUCGCCACUUUUCGAAAAAGCUUUUGCUGAAUCUACACGGAAGUGCAGUUCCUGUUAAUGUCCAUAACUCAGGUAGAUUGGCGGAAACUGGCAUCGAACCUUUUUUUAAAUUGGCGGAAACGAACGAUAGCGCAAACAGUUAUUUCAAAUUUUGGCGGAAAUGGUACAUGCCCACGUAAACAGUGAGUCAUCGACUAAUGUGACAGGGUCAGAUAUUGUACUUGUUCAGACAUAACAUUUCAAUUUUAAAUAUUUACUGUUGACAUAAUUUUUUAAACAGUUUAUAUUAUAUUAUGUAAAGUCGAACAAAAAUAAUAAAAUAUAAUCACGAUAUUAUGAAUACAUAUAGCUACGAAUCUUUCACGUUUUGCCUUUUUAUAUUAUAAUAUUGUUUCUUAUAUUAUUAUUAUUAUUAUUAUCAUAUACAUCUAUAUAAUAUUUUCCUGCGAAUUCACAUGUAUUUUUUAAAAAUGUCUAUUUUGAUUUAUACCUGUUUGAUGUUGUAUACCUAAAAUACAUUUUUGUUUAUUGUAAUCCAUUAUUAAUCCAUUGAUUAAUUUAAUAAA